AUGGCUCAACCCAGCCAGACCGGCUCGCUUCCGGCCCCGCCGACCCUAUCCUCAUCCCUCUCUUCCCAAAUCGACCUGCUAGUGGCCCUCCACUUGUGGUCCUGGCCCGCCUUGACACUUGCGAUCCAAAACGCCUGGGGUGGCUCUCCAGAGGUCUCGAAAGACAAGCGGGACUGGUUCGCCGGCGCUGUGUCCGAGCUGCUCACCUCAAACCCUCCGCAACUGGCCGACGUCAGCGACCUGGAAGAAGUCUUGAUACAAGUCAUGCUGGAUGAAUUCGAGGUCGUGGUCGACGACGGCAGCGCCGAAGAGACGGCCAAGAAGAUCUGGAGUGGCGCGACCAAACUGACCGCCGGGGAUACCUCUGAAUUGAACGAGCUCUACACGAAAUGGCAGGAGAAGGAGAAAAAUGGAGGCGACAAGGUCGUCGGUAUCGUCAGAGGGGAAGACAAAGAUGCUGAAGAGACGGAUUGGGAUGAUGACGAUGACAAUGGUGGUAGUGAAGAGGAGGAGGGGGAGUGGAAUGGGUUUUCCGAUCGAUCAGACGUGCAGAUGGCCGACGCUCCCUCGAUCAUUGACAUUGACUGGAAACCCAAGCAGAAGCCCGAGCCGGAGGUUGAUGACGAAGGGUUCACAAAGGUUGUGAGCAAGAAGAAGAAAUGA